AUGACAUCACUCAAACUUCGAUAUGGUCUCCCCAACAUGCCAGUGCAGCUGCCGAAGGUCACUCGUUCCCUCCUCAAGCCACUAUGCGCUUUACUGAAACUGCUCUUUGUGCUCCUCAAAACUGCACUGCCACUACUAUUACCAGUCCUGCUGCUGCUAACAACAGAAUGCGUUGAAGCUCCCAGAGAGGUGCGAAUAGUCAUGUGUUCCAACAUUAUCCAUGUCUUUCUUGGUGUCGCUGUCAUCUCUCGCCUUCGAGCACAGCAACACUGCCAACCGUUUAUACCACAUACACCAUCUGUCACCUGA